AAUAGCUCAUCAUGAAACCACUGAGACCUUCUACUUCUUUUACACAACAGUGGAUGUGAUAUUCACAAGACGCAAGGAUGAAUUUUACGCAGGUUCCUGCACAGGUAGAGGUGAUGGGAUGGAGCCCCCACAGUCUUGCUGACUAUCUGAAGAAGCUUAAGUUAUCAGGCUGUGACAAACUAGUGAUGAAGUACGGCAUAACUGGAGCACAGUUCAUGCAAAUGACGGAGUACGAACUUCAAGUGUUUCCCAGCCACCAUGUCCCAAUAAUUAUUAAGAUCCAAAAUGAAAUCAACAACGGGAAGCAGAAGAAAUCAAAGGCACGGAAGUCUCCAAAACAAGCAGUAUUUGUACAGGAGGAAGAAGUUUGGGACUCUGAUGAGUUUGACAAUGACAGUGAUAAUGAGUAUGAGGGUCCAGACCAGGAGGCUGGACAAGACAACUACAUCUGUGCUGUGUCUGAGCUCCAAAUAGCUGAGCAACAACACGGCCAUGAGACACAUGAAGUCAACCGCAGGCUGCCUGCUGCUGCAGAAACAACAAAGCCACCUCGACCCCCAAGAGGGCCUAAUCUUCCUGACAGUCGCAGAGAUCCUGUUUUUGAACAACCGCCUGCUGAAAGAACAUCAAAACGUCCACACCCUCAGCCCCUAAAAAUGAACCAUACCCCUCAAAGACCUCCCAAAGCACCAGCCAGUCAAUCCAGUCGACCUAUAGACAGGAGCAAAAAGCCAGGAAAACCUCUCCCAUCCCCGAGAGAGGGCAGUGCUGUCAAGAUUCCUGGCUCAUCUAGUGGCAAGCACCAUCAACCAAGGCCCCCUAAGCCUCUGGAUAAGUCCAACAGUCUCUCCCCUCCCAGGGCACGAGAACUCAUUCCAGUUCCUCCAGAGCCUACACAUGCCGGACAGAGGAGAACUUCAAUACCAGAGACUCCAAAGAAGUCCAUCCAGGAUUUGGAUCGCAGCUGGUAUGGCGGGAAGGUGACCAGACAUCAAGCUGAAGUUGUUCUGAGAGAUGUCAACAAGGAUGGGGCAUUUGUGGUGAGGGACAGCACCAAAGGCUUCGUUGAGCACCCCUACACCCUGAUGCUGCUGAACCAAGGCAAGGUUUACAACAUUAAGAUCCGUAACCAAGGCAACUCAUACUGCCUCGGCAACGGCGUCAACAACACAAAGAGUUUCCCCGGGGUGAAGGAGAUGAUUACCCAUCACACACACAGCCCGCUGCUGCUCGUUGUUGCCCCAGAUCAGAGUUCUGAAGAGCAAGUCCAAUGCUGCCUGCUGCACCCCGCAGGACUCUGACCAGCAGCAACGCCAAGCUAAAUCUCAGUUUCAGGUCGAGCUGGGGGGCUGCUGCUUCACUGCCUCUUCGAUUUUGAGAAACGCCAGCUUGUCAGGGUGGCCAACACAAACGAUCAGAUCGCAUUGUCUCAGAUUGGUUCGCACUGCCAGCAGAAAGCAAAUAUCUUGUUUCCCAACUGCCUCAGGUCUACACCAAGUACUACUGCACUUAAAACCAAACAGCCUUAAUAAA